CCCGGGCGAGCGGCGGCGCGGGGAGGAGCCGCGGGCGGCCGAGUCGGCCCGUCGCCUCGGCGCCGCGGGGAGAGGCCGGCGCGGAGGGGAAGGGGCUGGCUGCGGCUGCGGCCAAUGCGAAACUGGCUGGUGCUGUUGUGCCCCUGUGCGGUCGGGGUCGCGGUGCACCUCUGGCUGCUGCUCGGCUGCCCCGGCGGCCCCGGGAGACACCCGGCAGGUCCACUGGCCUUCUUUCCUCAGUGGAAGCUGAAACAUUAUGAUGUUAUUGUAGGUGUUUUGUCAGCUCGACACAAUCAUGAACUGCGCAGUGUUAUAAGGAACACUUGGUUCAAGCACCUGAAACAACAUUCUGCACUGAGCCAACGUGUCCUUGUGAAGUUUAUAAUAGGUGCACAUGGUUGUGCUGUGCCAGUGGAGGACCGAGAAGACCCCUACUCCUGCAAACUUCUGAACAUCAGUAACCCAGUUUUGAAUCAGGAAAUUGAAGCAUUCAGUCUCCCUGAGGAUGUACCUUCUGAGCUAUCUGAAGACAGAAUUGUCAGUGUGAACUUUCGUGUACUUUACCCCAUUGUCAUUACCAGUCUUGGGGUAUUUUAUGAGGCUGAUGGGGUGGGAUUCCAGAGGAACAUCACUGUAAAACUGUACCAGGCAGAACAUGAGGAAGCUCUCUUCAGUGCUCGCUUUAGUCCACCAAGCUGUGGAGUGCAAGUGAACAGAUUGUGGUACAAGCCAGUGGAGCAGUUCAUUUUGCCAGAGAGUUUUGAAGGUACCAUUGUGUGGGAAAGCCAGGAUCUUCAGGGCCUUGUUUCAAGAAACCUUCAUAAAGUGACGGUGAAUGAUGGAGGGGGUGUUUUCAGAGUCAUUACUGCAGGGGAAGGGUCACUGCCACAUGAGCUCACAGAAGGUGUGGAGGGAAUAGCAGGGGGGUUUAUCUACACUAUUCAAGAAGGUGAUGCUCUUUUGAAAAGCCUCCAUACUCGCCCAGAAAGGUUUACGAGUCACAUAAAAAAUCUUGACAAAGAAGAUGCUUUAUUGAAGGAAGAAAGCAGCACCUAUGAUGAUAUUGUCUUUGUAGAUGUUAUUGACACUUACAGAAAUGUUCCAGCCAAACUACUGAACUUCUACCGAUGGACAGUUGAAUCAACGAGCUUUGAUUUGUUGCUGAAGACAGAUGAUGACUGUUACAUUGACCUAGAGGCUGUUUUUAACAGGAUAAUGCAGAAAAAGUUGGACAGGCCAAACAUUUGGUGGGGAAAUUUCAGACUGAAUUGGGCAGUUGAUCGUACUGGGAAAUGGCAAGAGCUGGAGUACCCAAGCCCUGCGUAUCCAGCCUUUGCUUGUGGGUCUGGCUACGUCAUCUCCAAAGACAUUGUUCAGUGGCUGGCAAGCAACUCUGAAAGAUUAAAGACGUACCAGGGUGAAGAUGUGAGUAUGGGCAUCUGGAUGGCAGCUGUAGGACCCAAGCGAUAUCAAGAUAGUCUCUGGUUGUGUGAGAAGACAUGUGAGAGCGGCAUGCUGUCUUCCCCCCAGUACUCUCCACAGGAACUGAGAGCGCUCUGGAGACUAAAGGAAUUGUGUGGAGAUCCUUGUAGAUGUGAGGAAAGAUGAUGGACUUGCCUUGGAAAACAGGGUAGCAUAUAAUGAUCAUGGAAAAGUGUACAUUUGGAUUCAUUCUUGGAACAAUAAGGAGUAUUAAGGUAUCUUUCAAUGUUGGGUUUCAACUAAAAUAUUACAAUAUUUGCACAUCCCUUUUGAUAAUUACAAGUGGACUGAUACCAUUAAUUUUCUAUUGUAUAGGUGUUGAUCUGACAAAAACCAAAAUGUUUAGGAAAAAAAAAUUCCUUUUUAUAUAAAGUCAAAGACCUACUUGUAAUUAAUAAAUGCACAUAAGAAUGCCAACUAGCCUGUCUUUUAUAAAUUAAAGUACUACUGAUUUAACCAGGCUCCAGUGGAGAGCUGUGCUCAGCACCAGGGCCUCGGGUGAGAAUUGCUGCAGCCAGUUCUGUGCUGGCUGAGGGGCUGCCCUCGUCUCGUCUGCGCAGGGGCCGGGACAGCUAGGGGUUAGGAUUUAUGUUUAGUUGUUUAUAUUGUUGUCAUUUUAG